UGCAUUUUCUCUGUUUUCCACUGUCAUUUGUAUACACAAAAAUAAUGGCCUAGCAAAAGUAUAAAGUCGCUAUCUAAAUUGAUAAAAAAUAUAUCAAAAAAAAAAAGAUAACAAAAAUAACUAUCUUAUUUGGAAAAUAAACCCUUUCGAUUUAAUUUUUACAAGCUGACGUGGACUCUAAAUAAAUGGCACGCCAACGAAAAGCCGCCGGAAACACAAAUUCGGCACCAACCCCAACUACAACCAGUACAAGUAGUACACAAAGUUCCCAACAACAAAGCCCCUUGCCAAAGAAGCCAUCAAAACAAAACCAGCAACAUCCAAAUAAAACCCGAACAACCACCUCCGAUUCGGGUUUAUUCAUUUUAAGCAAAUGGAAGACUAUAAUUGGUUGUGUUUGUUUGGCAAUAGCUUCUUACUUUGGGUAUCUCGGUUAUUUAGAAACCCGAGUUAAUACUCCUUAUGACAGUGAGAAAAUGGUCCAACGAACUGGGCUAGAUGACCCCGAUCGUUAUUGGGGUUCAUAUCGACCUGGAAACUAUUUUGGGUUAAAAACAAGAGAUCCCCAUUCGUUGGUUAUGGGUUUGAUGUGGUAUUCACCACAAAAUCUAGGUCAUGGGGGCAAAGGCAUUCGACAUUGGUGUGAAAUCGGGGAUAAUCUCGAUUCAUACGGUUGGACGCAUCACGAUGGUAGGACUUUUGGGAUGCAAGAAAUCCAUGAUCUUCCAUUUGAGUUGAAGACUUCGUUUGUCAAGUAUCCGGGCAAACAAUUCGGUGGAGAUUGGACUUCCCGAAUUAGUGUUAGGAACUAUACAAAUGCUUGGAAUAGUCAAAUCUCGCUAAUUUGGUAUGUAGCUCUCGAUGAGCGUACAAAUGGACAUAUUAAAUAUGUCCCAGAUGAAAGGUCAUCUGAACCUGGAAUCUAUGGUGAGACAUCGGGUCUUGGAGAGUUCCAAGUAAAAAUUAAGCCAGUUAAGGGGAAACUCCUUCAUAAAUCGCAUUUAAGUACCGCAACACAUUCUCUAAAAGAUCUGAAAGAGAUUCUCUUUGCCCACUUCCGAGAAGUGACCACAAAGACUGGUAGAAGAUUUAUAUCCCUGCCAGGAGAAAUGAUCUCAUCGACAAGUCAUGUGGCCGAUCCUAAUUUCAUUGCAAUUCAAUUAACUGGCGAAUUGGAUUUCGCUAUAGACAUUACAUAUCAAUCGACUUCGGGAUUCUCGGUUGGGGAGGAGAUACCCAAGCCACCGAUUGGUAGGGAAUAUACCAAAACCCUUGAAGAAAAAAUUGAGGGUUUUAAUGAAAAAUUCGAAGAAACAUUUCACCUCCGUGAGAAGGGUUACUCCGCUGAGGAGGUAAAAUUUGCCAAAUAUGCUGUGAGCAAUAUGAUGGGAGGUAUUGGAUACUUUUAUGGAUCAUCGAAAGUCCAAAGCGUUUAUACAAAAAAUCCAGUUCCAUAUUGGAAGGCUCCUCUGUAUACAGCAGUUCCUUCGAGAUCGUUCUUUCCACGAGGAUUCCUUUGGGAUGAGGGAUUUCAUGGAUUGUUGAUAUCUUCAUGGGAUUUGGAUAUAUCCCUUGAUAUAAUUUGUCAUUGGUUUGAUUUAUUGAAUGUUGAAGGAUGGAUACCUCGGGAGCAAAUUCUUGGAGCUGAAGCGCUGGCUAAGGUGCCAGCUGAAUUUGUUAUCCAAAGAAAUACAAAUGCCAAUCCGCCGACUUUCUUUCUUACUUUGAAGAAAAUUCUUACCCAACAUAGAAAAGAGUUGUCGGUUAAGGGGAGGUUUGCAACUCUGGAGAGAUUGUAUCCCCGUCUUCAGGCUUGGUUUGCGUGGUAUAACAACACUCAGAAGAGUGAUGUUAUGGGAGCCUAUCAAUGGAAAGGACGAGAUGCUCAAAGUGAACGAGAGCUGAAUCCAAAAACAUUGACAUCGGGUUUGGAUGAUUUUCCGAGAGCAUCACAUCCGACAGCACAAGAGCGACAUGUGGAUCUUCGCUGUUGGAUUGCACAUGCAGCUAGUGUUAUGGCAGAGCUUUCGACUUUGUUGGGGAAAAAUGAUGCCAAAUACUACGAAACGGCUUCGUACUUGUCGGAUAACAAACUGCUCAAUGAUCUCCAUUUGAGUCCAUUUACAGAAACCUAUGCCGACUAUGGUCUACAUACAGAUUCGGUUGUACUUAAACGACCUCAAAUCACACAACGUAACGCUGCAAAAUAUCAGCAACAACAACUUGAAAUGAUAAGAGUCACUCUAAAGCAACCUGAUCUUCGUUUUGUCGAUUCUACAUUUGGUUAUGCGAAUUUGUUUCCAUUCCUCUUGGAAAUCAUCGAUCACGAUUCGCCAUAUCUUAAUAAGAUUUUGAAAGAUAUUUAUAAUCCGAAUAUACUUUGGACUAAAUUUGGUUUACGUUCGUUGUCAAAGACGUCGCCACUUUAUAUGAAACGCAAUACAGAACAUGAUCCGCCAUAUUGGCGUGGUCCAAUUUGGAUAAAUAUAAAUUAUUUAGCUUUGAAGGCAUUGCGGCAUUAUGGUAGAAUUGAAGGACCUUAUGCUGCUACAGCAAGAACUAUAUACAAUGAACUUCGUGAGAAUGUUAUUGGUAAUAUAUUUAGGGAAUACCAAAGAAGUGGUUAUAUAUGGGAACAAUAUGAUGAUCAGACUGGUCGAGGUAAAGGUUGUUCACCGUUUACUGGAUGGAGUUCGUUGGUUGUUCUAAUUAUGUCGGAACAGUACUGAGUUUUUUUUUUUUUUUAGUUUAGUUUUUUUAAUUAAAAUUUGAAAAAGGACAUUUCUCUAGAGAAUAAUUAUGUAAUAGUCAUUU